AUGGGCCGACGUCCAUAUGUGCAGGCGCACCGCCGCCGUCAUCGCACACCUGUUGCUGCUGCUGCUACUCCUCCUCCUAUGCCGUUGCCGCUCCCCAUCGUGGUAACAGUUGCGGAUGACAGAAACCCCGUGUCGUCGGUCCCGUCGUCAGUUUGUUCACGCGAGGAGAAGGAUUCAUCCCUUCCAUACCAUUCUCAGCCCUCAACCACCCCUGGUCCUCUGGAGUCUCAUCAACUCCUCAUCAGCAGUAGCAGCAACGCCCGCAAUAUCAGCAGCCUCUCUCACCUCUUCGCCUCCACCCGGGCCUUCUCAUCUCUUACACAUAGGGUCGCCCUCACCAUGCUACAAACCAAGCCCAUCCUCCAGGCCCGUUCCACUCUCCUCCAUCACAUCAAAUCCAUCAUGGCCCUCCUCCAGCCCAUCAUGGCACCAACUACACGGCACAACGACGACAAGUUAAUAUCCAGAGUCGUCGCCGCCAGCACCACUCCCGCACGGCGGAGGCUGACUCUCCCCGAGCGGAUCCCCCGUGGAGCGUGGGACUCACACAUGCACGUCGUCGACCCGGCCGCCUACCCCUUGGCAAAGGACGCAGUCUACUGCCCCAAAACGCACCGCCUCGACCGCGCCCUCGCCUUCGAGUCCUCCGUCGGCAUCGACAAUAUCGUCCUCGUACAGCCAUCCAUCUACGGCAACGACAACACCUGCCUCCUCGACGCUCUUCGUGCCCUCGGCCCCCGCCGCGGCAGGGCGGUGAGCACCCUGGCAGAGUGGCACAGGCUCGGUGUAAGAGGCGUUCGGAUCAACCUCUCCUCGGUGGGCAAAUCGCUCAACGCAACGGAGCUCGACUCGUUACUGCGGCGAUAUGCCCACGACUGCAAGCCUUUGGACUGGGUGAUACAGGUGUACAUGCCCAUGUCCAUGAUCGAUCUGCUCGAGCCUAUCGUCCCGAAUCUCGGCGUGAGAGUUUGUAUCGAUCACCUCGGCCAUCCCAAUAUCAAGGACAUGCCAUCAUAUAAUCCGUACGACAUGAAGGGCUUCAAGUCCCUGGCCAAGCUGCUCCGAGCCGGAAACACUUACGUAAAAUUAUCGGCGCCGUACCGGCUGAGUUCCAAGGCCGAUCAUAGCGAUCUGGAGCCCAUUGCGCGAGAGGUGCUUCACCUGCGAGGCAAGGACAGAGUUAUCUUUGCGACGGACUGGCCGCAUACCCGGUUCGAGGGGCUGGACAUCCGACCCUGGAUGGAGACGGUGCUCGAUUGGUGCGGGAAGGACGAUGUUCUGGUUGACAGGUUAUUCAGAGGCAACGCGGAGGAUCUAUGGAAUGCCCGUCACAACAGAUGA